UGCAGGUUUAAAUGAGAUGGGAACUAGGAGUGGGGGCCAUCCUCCCUUCUUGCUGCUGGAGCGCUCCCCGCGAGCCUGCUCCACCCUCAGAAAAGAUGGGUUCCGUGAGGAUCUUUUGCCUGGUCCUGAGUGUGGUGGGCACAGUUUGGACUUCAGAGACCGAGCAAGGUAAAUUUGUAGCUGAAGGAGGAGGUGUGCGUGGCCCCAGACUUACGGAACGACAGCAGUCUUCCUGCAGAGAGGCAGACUGGCCCUUCUGCUCCGACGACGACUGGAACCAAAAAUGCCCUUCUGGCUGCAGAAUGAAAGGGUUAAUGGAUGAAGUUAAUCAAGAUUUUACAAAUAGAAUAAAUAAGCUCAAAAACUCACUAUUUGAUUAUCAGAAGAACAACAAGGAGUCUAAUACACUGACCAAGAAUAUAAUUGAACUAGUAAGAGGGGAUUUUGCCAAGGCUAACAACAAUGAUAAUACAUUCAGCCAAGUAUCAGAAGAUCUGAGAAGCAGACUUGAGGUCCUGAAACGCAAAGUCACAGAACAAGUACAGCAAAUCCAUCUUCUGCAGAAAAACGUCAAGACUCAGCUGGUAGAUAUGAAACGACUGGAGGUGGACAUUGAUAUUAAGAUCCGCUCUUGCCAAGGGUCAUGCAGUAGGGCUGUAACACGUGGGAUAGAUCUACAGGACUAUGAAGAUCAGCAGACGCAACUUGAACAGGUCAUUGCCAAAGAGUUAAUUCCCUCUAGAUACAGGCAACAAUUACCACUGAUAAAAAUGAGCCCAUCGUUAGACUUGGUUUCUAGAGAUUUCAAGAGCCAGCUUCAGACAGCCCCUCCAGAGUGGAAGACACUAACGGAAAUACAGCAGAUGAAAAUGGUGUUACAGAGAUCUGAAACAGAUGGGAACCCCCGAGGAGACUCUGCAUCUUAUGGAACGGAUUCAACCCCUGAAAAGCCCAGGAACCCUGAACCUGGUAGUACUGGACAUUGGAAACCAGGCAGCUCUGGACAUAGUGGUGCUGGCACUUGGGACUCUGGGAGUUCCAGACCGAGUGGCACUGACACUUGGAGCCACACAAGUGUUGGGACGGGAAGUUUUAGGCCAGAUAGCUCAGUGCAUGGGAACACCAGGCCUACCAACCCAGACUGGGGCACAUUUGACGAAGAUUCAGGAAGUCUAAGUACAGGGACAAGGAAAGAGCACUACCACACAGAUAAACUGGUCACUUCUGAAGGAGGAAAAGAGCUUCUGAUUAGGAAGGAGAAAGUCAGUUCUGGUGGCCCAACCUCUGGCCAUCGUUAUUCCUGUUUCAAAACCAUUACUAAGACUGUUACAGGUGCUGAUGGUCGCAGAGAAGUGACCAAAGAGGUGGUGAACUCUGAAGAUGGUUCUGACUGUGGGGACGCAGCCGAUUUAGGCUCGUUUACUCUUUCUGGCAGGGGUAGCCUAGAUGAUUUGCGUUUGAGGUUCCCUGAGGAGGCUGCUCUCCUUGACCUUGACUCAACUGGAAAAUUACUCUCCUUACCUCUGGUCAAAGAAUUUGAGAGUAAGACCCAGCAUAUGGGCUCAUCUGACACUUUCACCGACUUAGGGGAGACCAGCUCUCGCCACGUCAAAGAAACUUCUCUUGACGUCAGAGGAACUCGUACCUCCACCAGAAGCCGUAGUAAAACUCGCACGACCAGAGACUGUGAUGAUGUCCUCCAAACACAUCCUUCAGGUGCCCAAAGUGGCCUUUUCAAUAUCAAGCUACCAGGAUCCAGUAAGAUUUUUUCAGUUUAUUGCGAUCAAGAGACCGGUUUGGGAGGAUGGCUUUUGAUCCAGCAAAGAAUGGAUGGAUCACUGAAUUUUAACCGGACGUGGCAAGACUACAAGAGAGGCUUCGGCAGCCUGAAUGACAAGGGGGAAGGAGAAUUCUGGCUAGGCAAUGAAUACCUCCACUUACUAACCCUGAGAGGCUCUGUCCUGCGGGUUGAAUUAGAGGACUGGUCUGGGAACCAGGUUUAUGCAGAGUAUCACUUGAGGGUAGGCUCUGAGGCAGAAGGCUACGCUCUGCAGGUGUCUUCCUAUGAGGGCACUGCGGGCGAUGCUCUGAUUGAGGGUUCUGUGGAGGAAGGCACAGAGUACACUUCUCACGCUGGCAUGCAGUUCAGCACCUUUGACAGGGACGCAGACCAGUGGGAAGAGAACUGUGCAGAAGUCUACGGAGGAGGCUGGUGGUACAACAACUGCCAGGCGGCCAAUCUCAAUGGCAUCUAUUACCCUGGGGGCUUCUAUGACCCCAGGAACAACAGUCCGUAUGAGAUCGAGAACGGAGUGGUCUGGCUCCCCUUCAGAGGAGCAGACUAUUCCCUCAGGGCUGUCCGCAUGAAAAUCAGGCCCCUGGUGGCCCAGUAAGCUCAAAGAGCGGAAAUGAGAGCGCUCUGUUUUGUUGAGUGAAGUGGAGAAAAACAAUAAGGAAGAUAAAGGAGUCAAGAUUCUCUACAACCGAAAAAUUCCCAGGUGCUAUUUUAUUAUUUUUUUUUGUACUGUAGCUAAAUGUAACUGAGACAUAUUAGUGCUUAAAGAAAAUAAAGUUAUGUGAUUUUUUAAAUCUUUACAA